CACCCACUUUUCUUACCCAAUAGUAGAUCGGACUAGGCCGAAAGGCCCUACGGGUCCCAUCCCCAGCCCAUUUUGGUGGGCUGAGCUGAAAGAAUUAUGGGUCCCAUUUCUAGGCUACUGUGAGUGGCUUCAUGUGACAUGCGGGAAUCAUUUAGUGCCUCCGCAGGCUCCCACCGCACGCCGCAGACUGCCCUCCUGAGAAGGAAACCGACGCGGAGAUGGAGGAGAAGCCGACGGAGAUCAGCAACUCGAAGAUGUUCGGAGGGUACAAUCGUCGGUACCGCCACUUCAGCCCCACGCUGGGAUGUUCCAUGACCUUCACCGUCUACUUCCCCCCGCCGUCCUCCCCUUCCCAGAAGUUCCCUAUCCUUUACUGGCUCUCUGGCCUGUCAUGUACGGAUGAGAAUUUUAUUAUGAAGUCUGGAGCACAGCGGGCAGCUUCGGGUGAGGGCAUUGCUUUAGUUGCUCCCGAUACAUCUCCAAGGGGACUGAACAUAGAAGGAGAAGCAGAUAGCUGGGAUUUUGGUGUAGGUGCUGGAUUUUAUCUAAAUGCUAAGGAAGAGAAGUGGAAAAAUUGGCGUAUGUAUGACUAUGUCGUUAAGGAGCUACCAAAAGUCCUCAGUGAAAAUUUUGAACAACUUGAUACAUCAAGGGCAUCAAUUUCUGGGCAUUCAAUGGGUGGCCAUGGUGCGCUGACCAUUUACUUGAAAAACCUUGAAAAAUAUAAGGCAGUUUCUGCUUUUGCACCUAUCACCAAUCCCACAAACUGCCCAUGGGGCCAGAAGGCCUUUUCAAACUAUUUGGGCAGCGAUAAAUCUGACUGGCAGGAAUAUGAUGCCACCUUGUUAAUUGAAAAGUGCAGCAAAAUUUCGACUCCUAUAUUAAUUGACCAGGGAGAGGAUGACAAGUUCCUUCACGAUCAGCUGUUGCCCCACAACUUCGAGGAUGCCUGCAAGGGUGCAAAUGCCCCGCUGGUGCUUCGGAUGCAACCUGGCUAUGACCAUUCCUACUACUUCAUUUCGACCUUCAUCGACGAUCACAUCCACCACCAUGCCAAAGCUCUUAAAUGUGCUUGAGUCCGUGGUCGCAAAAUAGACUUCAUGCCAUGGGAUCUCAGGAUGCGGCAGAUGUGUAGAAUUCACUUGUAGAAGUACUCUUACAACUAUUUCAAUGCUCUUGUUCCAACUGUGAACCAGAUAUUUGACUGCCUUCUGGUCACAACUCAGUAAGUCUGACCUUCUUCUAUUUCCAUAUCAUCCGCAUAUUAAUCUC